AAUUUAUGUAGAAUUUAUUUCUAUAUUUGCUUUGGGCAAUUUGUUUGAAUCAAUAUGACCGAAAUUGAGGUAGACGACGACAAUGUAUCCGAUUUGACCGAAUUAAUAAGGGUUAGCACUGCGUCUAAGAGAGGAAGUGUCAUCGAUGAUAUUUGCAAACGUCUCAAAAUAGUCACGAUCGACGUGGACAAGGUGCUCCGGGCCAAGGAACUGCUUUCAUCGCUACAGCGACGCAAAGCAUUUAUUGAUCUGAUUGGGCUGGAUGAAGAUUCAUCCAUCUAUAAAAAUCCAGAGGACUUGCAACGGCUGAAGUCACUGCACAGCCUGAGAAGAAUGUCAUUUCCACCAGACACGGAAGAUGAAGAGUUGAAUGAGGAAAUGAGCGAGGAUAUAUGCCAGAUGCCCUUCGAUGAAGAGCGUUGGGGUAAUUUCUUUUCUGGCUUUCAGAUAUUGCGCACACCAGAAUGCCUCGAUGCCAAUGAGAAUAGCAAGUGCAUUGAGCUGAGCACCGGAAAUUUCGAUGAUGACCUGCAUACGUAUUUAUUGUCUGGAGUUCGUUGUUUUAUGAUCGAUUUGUUUUGUGGUCCGCUGCGCGAGAAUCAAGAUGUGAUUGUGCGGCUCCGCGAGGCAGAGAUAUGUGUGUCCAAACAGUUAAGUUUUCCCGUUGUUUCCACCAUCAUUGCCAAGAUGUCGCCGCGUCAUCAAUAUACCGGUUAUUUGGCUCAGGACGAGAAUGGUCCAAUUCCAAUGCUUAAGGGAUAUAAAGUCUUCCUGACUGUUGAUCGCAACUAUUCGCGUAGCUGUACAUCGCGUAUGAUUUAUGUGAAUUCGCGUUUUCUGCUCUGCGACAUUCGUCCAUACGAUAUCAUACUUAUUGGCGAGGAACUACAGCUGAUGGUGCGCUAUGUGCGCCAGGAUCAUCUCAAUUGUUGUGUCUGUCGAAAGGGCGAACUUCGAUCCUAUAUGCCGGUGCUUUUGCCGGCACGCUGCAGUAGAUUCCGUGUAUCGUACGAGGAGGUGGAGGACAUUUCAUUUGCCCGCCAAGUAGGUAUCAAUGUGCUAGUCUCUAAUAUAGCCGGCACUGAAAGGUAUCUGGAUGAUCUGGAAAGAGUUGCAGCAUCGCUGCAGAGCGAACAUAUCAGACUCUAUGCCCGUGUGCUCCUAAAUGAUAUUCACGGCUGUGAUGGCGCAUUAAACUGGAUUGCCCUACGCUACGAUGGCCUUCUGGUGGAGUUGACGGAGCCAGAAAUAGUUCCAGACAUAAUGCGAUUGUGUCCGAACGCCGAAUGCAUCAUGCAGUUAGCCUAUGCCGCCAAGAAGCCCAUCUUAUUGGAUGUCGACCCCAUUAAUGGGCAGCGUUUGCGCGUUGAUCCCGCCCAUUAUUAUUAUACCUUCUUCUAUCCGGACAAAUUUGUGGUCAAGUCCCAAAAGUCGCGGAGUGCCUGUUAUUUUAGCUUCCUGCAGAGUGCCAUUUUUGAACAGAUCUUGCCGGUGGCACUGGCAAAGAUGCCCCAGUGUGAUAGCUCGCACACGGGCGCCGAUGGAUUGGCACGUGCCGUUGUAACAACCUCCCUGGAGCUGGAUGCUAAAGCCAUUAUCGUUUGCGGCGUGACCACACGGAUGGUACAGAAGAUUUCGCACUUUAGGCCGAAGGCACCCAUCUUAUUUGUCAGUCAUAUGCGCUCUGCUGAGGACAAUGUGUCCCUGUACCAUAAUGUCACGAUGCUCUCGUUCCGCUCGACAUACUUUAUCAGCCAUCAGCGCAAUAUCUUUCGAAAGACCGUUUUUGCUCUCGCCUAUUUGUCGUCGCUCCGUAUUGUCAAGCACGGUGAUAAGGUUAUUUUGGUUUAUAAUUAUGUGUCAGGCACAACGUUUCCCGAGAAGUAUCUCAUCUAUACAUUUCACAAAAAGCACUUUGUACAGCACAUAUCCGAGUCCUUGUUUUCAUCGGCAAUACCGGGAACAAAUAGUGCCCAAACUGCAGGCGUCAUGCAUGUUUAGCAUUUGUUGUUGGCUGCAAAAUUGACGUUAAUGCAAAUUUCAAUCGAUCGAACGAAAUGAAUUUAAAUGAAAACGUUUAUAACAAUGUAUACAUUAACAUUAUUUGCUGGGAGUAUACUGGUAAUAUAUAUUGUGUCGAUA